UCUCUUUAUUUAAAACCUUGUGUUUGCGCUUUGCAUUUUACAUAUUUCCUUCUUCAUCUUCUUCAUUGCUUUGAGCCUUUUGAAAUUUCCAUUUUCAGAAAACCCCAACAAUGCUUUUUCUAUUGAUUUCAUGUUUCUCCUUCAUUCUUUUAUCCAAAUCAUUAUCUUCCAAGCACCAACGUCACCACCGUGAACGGCGGUUGUUCCCGCCAUGGUACGAAGCGUUCACCACCACUUUCAUGACCUCAUGGUUCCAAAAAGGUACCCUUCAAAUCUUCACCUCCACCAUGCCAUUAAAGAAGCUCAAACCCAAAGCAAAAAACCUCGUAUGGUCGUCAUCAACGGAGAACCAAAAAGAAGAUCACAACAAAACGACGCCGUCUCCGUCGUUGCUGGACUUGCCCGAGCUCGUACUGGACUGCAUUUUCGACCGUCUUCAACCGGCGGAGCUUUGUGCCAUGUCUGGUGUUUGUUCUUCUUUGAGAGAACGGUGUGUGAGUGACUAUGUUUGGGCGAAAAGGAUGAAAGGGAAAUGGGGGAAAGUGAUUGGAGAUGCUGCUUAUAGAGAAUGGCAAUGGUAUAUUGCUUUGCAAAAUAGAUCCAAUCUGUUGAAUAAUCAAAGGAAUCAAAGCAAUUUGUCGUUUGAAUCUGUUGCUAAAAUUUGGCCAUUCCUCUCUUGGUUUAACAUUAAACCCAGAGCUGAAAAAGAGCUCAAAAAUGGCGGAUUGGCUGUUGAUUCGAUCAUGGCUUGGUAUUUGGCUUUGGAAACUGGUAGAUUUUCGUUCCCUGCUCAAGUCUAUAAUAGAGAGAAUGGACAUGCUGGGUUUUUGCUAUCAUGUUAUGAUGCUAAACUUAGCUAUGAUUCCAAAACUGACACCUUUCAAGCAAGAUACUCGCCUCACGUCCGGCAAACAACAGAGCAGAACAUAUCAUGGGAUAGGCUAAGAGCGCCGCCGGUCGAUACUUGCUCAUAUGAUCUUCACAUUUCCAACUCAUUAUUUGACUUAAAACCCGGUGAUCAUAUCGAGAUCCAAUGGAGAAGAAACAGAGAAUUCCCCUAUGGGUGGUGGUAUGGUGUGGUCGGUCACAUGGAAUCAUGCAAUGGAAAUGAAAAUCACUGCCGUUGUCAAGAUACAGAUACUGUGAUGCUAGAAUUCAAGCAAUAUCCUUCAAGUUCAAGAUGGAGAAAAACAACGAUAAAUAGGGAAAAUCAUAGAGAAGUAGGCAAUGAAGGUGAUGGGUUUUACGGUGGCAUUAGAAAGCUUUAUAAUCAACAAGAGAUUUCUAUGUGGCAAAGCCUUUGGCCUAACCAAGUCAUAGAAGAAUAAUAUAUAUAUAUAUAUAUAUAUAUAUAUAUAUAUAUACAUAUAUAUACUGAUUAGGGAAAUUUUUGCUUGCCACUGACAGUGUAUUUUCGAUAUAAUGACACUGCCCUUUCCAUCCUUUGUAAAUAUAUUCCAUUAGCACUUUUUUUUUUCUCCUUCAAUUGUGAAUGAGAAAACAGUUUUAAAAGCCAUAAAAUAGAAAGGUCUUAGUUUUAGAGACUGUAAAAUUUAGGGACUUAAUUGCUAUUUCUUAUUUGAAAUUUUAAUAAUUUUUCCUUAUGAUUUUCUAAUAUAUGGAAAAAAAUUAAAUUAAAAAGUAUACCAUAUAUAUACACGCUAUUGAUCAACACUAGGGUGGUUUAGGGAUUGAAUUUGAAAUUGAUAUUAGUUGGAGAGUUGAAUAUAAGUCUUUUGCCAUUCUAUUUAUGGUGUAGUAGACACACACUUUAAAACUGUUGUAGGUUGCUUCAUAUAAGGUUCUUAGGGUAGUUCAAUUUGAAAGAGAUAUACGAGAGAUUAAACUCGAGACUAAUGUUAAUCGCUGGUUUGAGUACAAGCUUUUCGAUGCUCCGCCACUAAUUUAUAAUUGUUGCUUAUUGCUCCUUUCUUUCAAUAAAGAAAGGAAAAAGUUUAGAUAUUAUGUGGAAAACCUCGAUUCUCAGGGUAGUUCCAGGGUUGAAGCCAAUUCUUAGGAGGCUAAAGGUAAAGGUGGCAUCUAUUUAAAAAUAUCAUUAUAGUGGAAUCCUUUUAAAUCGAUUGUUGAAAUAAAAAGUAAAAAAAAAAAAAAAAACUAAGCUACCGUUGAUCAUGUCAUGUAAGAAUUGUAUUGAGAAACAUGAAA